AUGUCUCAGAACAACAAGAAGCAAGUACAUCAUCCCGAUAUUUCAAACGAUGUAAGUCCGAAACGAAUUCCCAAUUUUCUCCUCCGUCCCAAAACGUUACAUCUUCUUAAAAAUUCUGGAGCUACGUCCGUUUUUUCUGGGACCUCUUCUUCCGAAAUUUGUGAAAUAUGCCGUCAAAAAAGUGUCUUCGUCCCGAUUCAUCGGUGCGGGAGAUAUAUUGGACAUCUUCAGAAAGUGACAGGCUCUUCAAAAAAGGGGGUUUCUAAGAAUGAAAAUGCGCGAGACUCCUUGAAAAUUGACUUUGUAUGUCCACUUCCACUUCCACCACGUGGAGCCCCGCCUCCUACCGUAUACCAUACGACGAGGAUGGCUCCAACACCAUCGACAAAUGGUUCUUUUGAUAAGACCGUAAUCCCAGGAAAUGCACGAAAACUUCAUGUUGUUAUUGUUAUCGAUCAGAAGGUUCAGAAGAAUUUGAGAGUUCGGGAGAUGGCAUUGAAGGAUGUUCAGAAGGUGGCUGAUACAUUGAAUGUCAAUUUGGCGAAAAUCGACUUUGACAAAUUGGAUUUCGGAGAAACCGAGACUCUCGAUCUCUUCUACAAUGCGGAUGUGGCACUGGUUGAUGUUACAGUAACCCAUCAACAACCAAGUCUCUGUUAUCAUAUUGGAGUUCGAGAGAGUAUGGGACAAUCGUAUAAUAUGAUCCUCACUUAUCUAGCUCCGGAUCUUGAAUAUCAUAUCAUGGAUGCUCUCAAAAAGACACAUGCACAUCUUCCAAUGAUUAUUUAUAUCAACAGUCCAGAGUGUGGCAUGUUGCAAAGUUACGAAAAGAAUGGAAAUGAGGACGAUGCAAAACCCCCAUUCGCCAGAGCCAAUUCUACAACUGCAAAAAUGACGACGUUCCAAAACAGAUUGAAGUCAGUGUUGAAAAGUGUUCAAGUGGAAGCAUCUGCUCAUUCUCGUGAAAAAUUCAUGUCCGAUUUGAGAAAGGCUCGAGAAAUAACAGAUGGAGAUCAGAAGAAUGACUUUUUGGAUAAAAUGAGGACUCGUUUGGAUAAUCCUGAUGUGUUGCAUCCAGAUACAGUAUCUCUUAUGAUGCUUUCCUAUCGUGACAAUCAAAAUUAUGGAGGAAUGAUUCGAUUGGUGGACGAUUUGAAAAGAAUCACGGACUGUGUCAAAGUGGUUGAUACUCCAGUUAUCAGAUAUCAAUAUGCAUUUGCAUUGAAUCGUAGAAACAAAGGCGGAGAUCGUGAUUUGGCACUGAAUACGGUACUCAGUCUGAUUGGAGGAACUACUGAAAAUGAGGAGAAGAAUGGCCUGUUGAGUCCAGAUGUUGUUUGUCUUGCUGGUCGAAUUUAUAAGGAUAAGUUCAUUGCUUCGAAUUAUGAAGAUCGUGAUAGUUUGAAUAGUGCAAUUGAAUGGUAUCGAAAAGCGUUCGAAAUGUCACCUCUGGAAUAUUCGGGAAUCAAUUUGACAACUCUUCUUCGUGCCAGUGGAGAACACUUUGAGAAUAACCUCGAAAUGCAACAAAUCGCCGUUGUCCUGAAUUCUCUUCUUGGUCGAAAAGGAGCUUUACAAAAUUUGACCGAAUAUUGGGAUGUUGCCACUUAUUUUGAGGUUUCUGUUUUGGCAGAAAACUAUCAAAAAGCAUGUGAAGCUGCAUUGAUGAUGGUCAAAUUGAAGCCACCAGUCUGGUAUUUGAAAUCGACAAUGGAAAAUAUUAAACUGAUCAACCGAUGUGCAGCAACAGUCAGUCCAAUUGAGAAGGAAAAACAACAAUUCUUGUUUUGGAGCGAGUUUUUCAUGGAAGCAACCGAAACAGACACAGAUAUCAAUUGUCCAAGAUAUCCAGUUCUCAUUCUGGAAUUGACAAAAGAAUUCACUCCUUCAUACUUGACUUUGAACACUGAAGAAGGAACGGUUAUUUUAAGCCAUGUUUUGGAAACGAGUCAACAGAAAAAGAUUCAUCAGUCAGAAGUUAAAGGCAUCCAUCGUUGGCACUUCACUAGAACAAAUAUCAAAGCAGUCACUGAAUCAAAACGAGAUGAUCGGCAGUUGUUCCUCUAUGUUCAUGAAAAUUCCGAUGAUUUCAACCUCCUUUUCCCAACCAAGGCACAUUGUCAAAAAGCUUUCGAUGACAUGAAAUCAAUGGCUGAUGUCGAAGACGGAAACUACCAAGGAAAAGUUCUCAGCAAUCCAGAUAAUGAGAAAAUCCGAUUUGAGUAUGAGCUGAAUAAUUCGAAUGAGCGUGUUGUACUGGGAAAAGGAACCUAUGGAACUGUGUAUUCUGCUCGUGAUAUGGAUACUCAACGACAGAUUGUUGUCAAAGAGGUCGAAGUGAAAUACGAUGAAGAAGUUCAACCUUUGAUGGAAGAAAUUGGUCUUCAUUCAACAUUAAGCCAUCAAAAUAUUGUUCAAUAUUUGGGAUGUGAUUUGGUUGGAAGAGAAGGAUCCAACGAUACUUUUUUGAUUUUCAUGGAGCAUGUUCCCGGAGGAUCACUCAGCUCUCUUCUUCGAUCGAAAUGGGGAUCUGUAAGCGAGCAGAAUAUGGUUUAUUAUGGAAAACAGAUUCUCGAAGGACUCAAAUAUCUUCAUGAACAGAAAAUUGUUCAUAGAGACAUUAAAGGAGACAACGUUCUUGUGAACACUUACUCUGGUGUCUGUAAAAUAUCAGAUUUCGGAACAUGCAAACGUCUUGCUGGAUUGAAUCCAGUCACUGAAACAUUUACUGGAACACUUCAAUACAUGGCACCAGAAGUCAUCGAUCAUGGACAGAGAGGCUACGGAGCACCGGCUGAUAUUUGGUCAUUUGGAUGCACAAUGGUUGAAAUGGCAACUGGAAGACCUCCAUUUGUUGAGAUGCAGAAUCCACAAGCAGCCAUGUUCCGAGUGGGAAUGUUCAAAACUCAUCCACCAAUUCCUGCCGAGUUAACCGAGAAAUGCAGAAAUUUCAUCAAGAGAUGCUUCUUGCCAGAAGCAUGCGAUCGUCCUUCUGCAAAAGAUCUUCUUCAGGAUCCAUUCAUGCAUCACUCUAUUUCAAGAACUCGAAGUGGAUCAAUCAACAAGAAGCCAUUGAAGAAAAUUGAACUGAAACAAGAUAAGGAGAAGAAAGAAAAAUCGAAGAAUCAACGAGAAAUGCUUCGUUCGACAUCUCAUAUCGGAGGAAUGGGAGUGAUCGAAAGAUCUCCACCAACUCCAGAACCAACAUCUGCUACUCUGACAGCUGGAUUCUCACAUGCUCACAGUCAGACUGUAUCAAAUGCAUUAUCGAUUGCAAGAGAAGAAAAAAAGCUUCACCUCAAAAUUGAUCAUGCCAGAAAUCGAACAUUCAGUUCCAGCAGUCCAGUUCCAGACGGACAAUCGUCUGCCGGAACGAACAUGUCCCAUCCUGGAUUCCAUUUGAGUCAACCGUCCAGUCCGAUUGUAGACGAUACAACAUAUCCCCAACUGAUUGUUUCCCCAGUCACUCUGUCUACACUCGGAUCUCCACUGUCAUCGGCGGCUCUAUUGAACCGAACUAUUUCUGAUGAAAGUUCAAAUAGUUCGAGCAGAUUUUUCAUGCUUCAAAAAGAUUCUGAGCGACGGCGAUCACUCGGACAAUUCAUGACUGACUACAAAGAUUUGAUCAUCGAUUCAUGGAGUACUCUUCUGAUUCAACAAAGUGAUACUGAACUUGUUGUGACUGUCUGUAUGCUGGAAAUGUUAUUAGAGGGAAUGAGAGAUUUCUUGUUGAAAAAGGAUAAUGCAAAAAUGCAAGAGAAGAUUGAUGAUAUUCGAGGACUUCUUGAUUAUGAUACUGCUAAAAUUGCACAGAUUAAUCUUGCUCUCUAUCACUUUUCUGAUUCUAUUCAACCAGUUCUUCGUCGUCUGGAUAUCAAACCACAUUGGAUGUUCGCCCUUUCCAAUCUAAUCACAUCAGCCGUUCAAAAUGCCAUUUCAAUUCUAAGUCCAGAUCUUUCUCUUCUUCUUCAUGCUCAAGACAAUCUUCCGACCACGUCAUCAAUUGCUGCCGUACGGAAUUCAUCCCUAUCGGAAGGAGAAGCUCUCAUUGAAAGUAGGCCUCCAAGUCGUGAAGAGCGAGUCAAAGAGGAUCGUAAAGAACUGAGAACUCUUCAAGAGGAGAACGAACUCUUAAUUGAAAAACUUCUUCAAGUUGAAAGAGAAUUGAAUGCCCAAUUGAAAUCUGGAAUAACCAGAGCCAACCGUUUCCGUGACUUUGCCAUGUACCGUAACACCUAUCCACCAUUCCGUUCUUCUCCGGUUGCUCAUGCUCCUCCAACUCCUCCGUUUAGUGCUUCUUGUGGAGCUCAACCAUCUGGAACAUUCACCAAUCAGCCCCCCAGUUUCGCUGCUUCCAAACCGACGGCUCAAAAGAUUAUCAUGCCUCCAGGAACUGAGAAUAACUAUCAGGUGACACGUGUUCAGGAGGAGCUUGUUAACUGGCUUCGCGGAUUGGAAAUCGAUGAACGAUCAACGGCAUUGAUCGCUUCUGAAGCUUAUACCAAAAACGAUUUGAUCGACUUUGUUACGCGUGACGAGCUACUCAAUAUUGGUAUUGGUGGUGGUCCUUCAUGCCGUAUAAUGCGUGCAAUCGGUGAAAUCCGCGAACGGCAACGCCGUCAACCAGUCUUCUUGUCACCAAUGAGAAGCCGUGACGAUUCCUUGGAUGACUAUCAUUCAAGCAGUGCUGAUGAUAUGUUCACAACCGUUUCAGCUGCUGAUGCCACACCCUAA